UAAACAAGGACUUAAAUCUACUAAUCUGCCUUGAAAAAAAUAAAUGCUCUGUAUGCUAAGUUUUAGGGGUUUGGUUUUUUACCUCUUGUAGAUGUCUUACGCCAGACUCCCAGAGGAGAGGAGGAGACUAUGAGUGAGGAGUGUCCUGCAGACUGCGUGCAGUUCGUUUCCUGGGUCAGGACCAGAUUGAUUGGAGAACAAUAAUUAUGAGGCUGACAUGUAUGUUCUCCUUCAUCUUGCUGUUUGGAGCAGCCGGGCUCGUUGUCUUCAUCCACCUGCAGGAUCCAGAGGAAAUAGUUCACCAGCAGACACCAGGGAUAAAGUAUAACAUGGGAUUCCAGCAACCAAAAAAGGACUGUGUUUCCAGCAAUAACCAGGACAGAAGAUUAAGAAAAACCACUGCAGACGGAGCAGGGACGGUAAAGCAGAGCGAUCCAUCACAAAUCCUGCUCCCCAAGCCUCAGAGCACAGAGAGGAGACAGAGCAGCAGCAUCAUGUUUGCCAUGAAAGAUCAACAGCAAGGGGAAGAAAUGAAUUCCAUCAGGCUCCACAAACGGAGGAGGAGAUUUAUAAUUAAGAAGAGCCCCAUUCUGAUUUCCAUGAACAGCUCCGGUCUCAACCUGCCCACGCUUAAAUCCGAGGACAGAACCAACAACAAGUGGAAAAGCCUCUAUCAGAUCCAAAGAGAAAGAAAGCGGGUCAUGAGGGAAACUUGCUCCAAAUACAAGAGUAAUAACAGAAGAAUAAUCACUCCUUAUCACGUUUCUAGAAUAUUUGUAGAAGACAAAUACAGAGUUUUAUACUGUGAAGUACCCAAAGCGGGCUGCUCUAACUGGAAACGGGUGCUCAUGGUGCUCAACGGGCUGGCGUCCUCCACCAAGGACAUCCAGCACAACACGGUGCACUACGGCAACUACCUGAAGAGGCUGGAUGGCUUCGAUCACAAAGGGAUUUAUCACAGGCUCAACACUUACACCAAGAUGCUUUUCAUUCGUGAACCUUUUGAAAAGCUGGUAUCUGCAUUUCGGGACAAGUUUGAACACCCAAACAAUUACUACCACCCGGUUUUUGGAAAAGCUAUCAUUUCCAGGUACCGCGUGAAUGCCACCAAAGAAGCGCUAAGGACAGGCUCUGGAGUCCAAUUUAAAGAGUUCAUUCAGUAUCUGCUGGACGUACACAGGCCGGUGGGCAUGGACAUCCACUGGGACCACGUCAACAGGCUUUGCAGCCCCUGUUUAAUAGACUAUGACUUCGUUGGAAAAUUUGAAAGUAUGGAAGAAGAUGCAAACUUCUUCUUGCACUUAAUCGGUGCUCCACAAAAUCUAACUUUCCCCAAGUUCAAGGACAGGCACUCCAAUGAAGAAAGAACUACCCCUAAAAUCACACAGCAGUACUUUGCACAGCUUUCUCCUGCGCAGCGACAACGCAGCUAUGACUUCUACUACAUGGAUUAUUUGAUGUUUAACUACUCAAAACCUUUUGAAGAUUUAUAUUGAUUUGAGAGCUGGGACAUCUCCACAGUUGUACCCACUGAAUGGCAAAUCAAACCCAGGUGGCUUCUGUUGAUAUGUACUUGUCUGGUAGGAACCGAUUGGUUGAAGAGCAGGGAAAAAACCCAAAACAGAACAUAAAUGGCUAGUGAUGUUUACACCUUCACCUUAAUUGCCUCCUUUUUCAAAUCAUAUUUUUUCUAUAAUUUCUCCAUACGAAAUGUAUGUACAUAGAUGUAUAAUAUUGUAUGUCAGGGCUCCCAAAUAAAGCACAUAAUUUUCCAUG